UAUGCGUUUGCCAAGUCAGCCCUUGCUGACACAGUGCAGAUAUGGUGUUAUAUCGCAGAUGCCGGUUACAGGCGAAGUCAUGAACCCAUUGACAGACCUAUCUCAGCCUCGCGAUGUUGCAGACGAGGCAUCUCCUGGUUAUUACAUAUCAAAGCUGGCUAAUGGUAUCUCGGUCGAACUUGCAGCUACACCUCAUGCCGGACUUUAUCAAUACGAAUUCCCGGCAAACGAGUCGUCGUCAGUCGUUGUGGAUGUUUCUCACGUGUUGCCGAGUUUCAGAGGUUUCGGAUGGGAGCAGCACUACUCGGGUGGGAAUUUCACUGUGUAUCCGGACAACCACUACGAAGGCUCCGGAACGUACAACAAUGGAUGGAACCUUUCCCCGGACUGGAUCAUAUACUUCUGCGGAAAAUUUGACGCCAUACCUAUUUCGAAGAAGACGUUCAAGGGCACCGACGAAACCCUCGACGCUUACGACGAGUCCCCGAGUGUAGCUGGAAUCGAGCGGUUGGGUGGUGUCUUCCAAUUCAAUGAAGGUAGCAUCAAAUCUCGCGUGGGAGUGUCUUUUAUAUCGGCAGAAAAGGCGUGUCAGAACCUCGACGAUGAGAUUAAGAACAGUACUACACUGCAGGCACUAGUGGACACGACGGUCAACAGAUGGGAAGAAGACAUCUACAGUAAAGUUCAAGUUUCUGGAGCCAGCGAAUCGGAUAUGCAGCUGCUGUAUAGUUCUUUGCAUGGCAUGUUCCUGAUACCCUCGAAUCGAACAAACGAAAACCCGGGCUGGGGUGAAACCGAACCUUACUACGAUGACAUCUUCACAUUUUGGGACCUCCAUCGAUGCCACACUUCGUUAUUUCAGAUCCUUCAUCCCACCGCGCACGAAGAAUUUAUACGCUCAUUAAUAUCGGUCUGGAAACACGAAGGCUUCAUGCCCGAUGCGCGGUCAUCCAAUUUCAACGGGCGUGUUCAAGGUGGAUCAAAUGCAGACAACGUCCUCGCAGACGCUUAUGUCAAGGGGGUUCGAGGAAUGGUAGAUUGGGAAGAAGGAUUCUUAGCCAUGCAGGCAGAUGCGGAGAAUGUACCACCACCCAACAAUGAUCCAUUCGCGCCCGACUCGUCUACCAAGGAAGGACGAGGAGCGCUUCCAGAUUGGCUCGAACACGGCUGGAUCACACCCACGUACACCCGCGCCGUCACCCGUGCCAUCGAAUAUUCGACCAAUGAUUUCGGCCUGCACCAAGUUGCCUCUGGCUUGGCUAAAACUGAAGAAGCAGAGUUAUACCUCAACCGCUCUCGCAACUGGCGCAACCACUGGAAUCCGGCGGCUUCAUCGAACAACCACAGUGGGUUUGCAGUGCCGCGUCUGGCUGAUGGCACGUUUCUUGAACAGGACCCCACGGACUGUGGAGGGUGUUAUUGGGGAGACGCUUACUACGAAGAUAACGCGUGGGUGUACAGCAUGAACGCCAUUCACGACGUGUACAAGCUGAAGGAACUUGUGGGUGACGAUGCAAAGUUUGUGGAUCGCAUCGAUAAACUGUUCGAUUUGGAUAUCUUCGAUUACGGCAAUGAGCCGGCGUUUACGAGUGCGUAUCUGUACAACUUUGUCAAAGGCGAACAGUGGAGGAGCGUGGAGAGGAGCAGACAGAUUGGACAGCAGUAUGAUUCGGGGCCUGCUGGUUUGCCUGGUACGUCGAUUCGCAAGCACCUUCGCGACAAUAGUCGCUAGGCUUUCAAACAUUCAGGUUGGCGUAGUACUGACUUUGUUCGUUCAGGCAACUCAGACGCCGGAGCAAUGGAAAGCAACAUCCUCGUAAGUGCAGCGCCUUUUUUGUUUCUUUC